UUACUACUGGAUUUGAAGAGUUCUGAAAAGUUACAAAAUGAAAUAUAUAUUUCUGUUGUGUUUACUAGUAUGUGGUGUUUACGCGUCGAAUGCAGUUCAAGAAAAGGUAUACGACUGCAACAAUAUUCCGGGUGGUCCGAAAAGCAACUUAUUUGUGAAGGCGGCAUCAGGAGUGGUGGAAUGCAGAUGCCAACAGUUAUUGGGCGGAUGUAAGAGAAACUAUGCACCUGUUUGUGACGUCACAGGAGAAUCAUACAGCAACUUUUGUACGUUCUGUCACACGGUUGGAAAAAAUCUCGCAAACGGAACCCCCCCGCCCGUGUAUAAAGGAUCACAGGAAAACGAAGAAUGUUAGAACUAACUUCUUGAGACAUUUGUAUAAAUACUCAAUUAUGGCGGUCGUUCUUUGUUUGAAAUAUUUUGUAAUACACUAUAAUGAGUUUGGCUUGUAAUGUUAAUGUUAUUGUUAAAACAUACACCGUCUGUAUUGC